UUAAGGUCUAAAAUCACGGUGGCUUCUAAGCUCUCCUCUCAUCCGGUAACUGAGAAGAAAAUGGCAAGAAGAGAAGACGAUAUGGAGAAAGUGAAAGACAAAUCUGAGCCGUUGCUGCUUCCGGAGAAUGGAUCCGACGUCUCAGAAGAAGAAGGAGCGUCGUGGAUGGUUUGUCUAAGCACAUUCAUUGCCGUUUGUGGUUCCUACGAGUUUGGAACCUGCGUGGGGUAUUCCGCUCCGACCCAGUUCGGGAUAAUGGAAGAACUUAAUUUAUCAUAUUCCCAGUUUUCAGUUUUCGGAUCUAUAUUGAAUGUGGGAGCAGUUCUUGGCGCUAUAACAUCGGGAAAGAUCUCUGAUUUCAUCGGUCGGAAAGGGGCCAUGAGGUUGUCUUCAGUGAUCUCUGCCAUCGGCUGGAUGAUUAUAUAUUUCUCCAAGGGUGACAUACCUUUGGACUUCGGUAGAUUUCUCACGGGUUAUGGUUGCGGUACCCUUUCGUAUGUGGUUCCGGUUUUCAUCGCCGAAAUUAGUCCGAGAAAACUACGAGGAGCAUUGGCUACGCUUAACCAGCUCUUUUUAGUAAUCGGAUUGGCUUCCAUGUUCCUCAUAGGUGCCGUCGUAAACUGGAGAGCUCUUGCACUAACUGGAGUUGUACCGUGUGUGAUUCUAUUCUUUGGGACUUGGUUCAUUCCCGAAUCACCUAGAUGGCUGGAAAUGGUUGGCCGCCACCGCGAUUUCGAAAUUGCGUUGCAAAAACUGAGGGGUCCUAACGCCAAUAUCGCAAGAGAAGCCGAUGAAAUCAAAGAGUACUUAGCGACUAUAGCUCACCUUCCGAAAACCACACUACUAGACCUUAUUGACAAAAAGAACAUACGUUUUGUGAUUGUUGGAGUUGGUUUAAUGUUUUUCCAACAAUUCGUUGGAAUAAAUGGGGUUAUCUUCUAUGCACAGCAAAUUUUUGUAUCAGCAGGAGCAUCCCCAACUCUUGGAAGCAUUCUAUACUCGAUCGAACAAGUCAUUCUUACAGCACUCGGUGCAACAUUACUAAUUGAUCGGCUUGGACGAAGACCACUUCUUAUGGCUUCAGCUGUUGGGAUGCUGAUUGGAUGUUUGCUCAUCGGAAAUUCAUUUCUUCUAAAGGCCCAUGGUUUAGCACUUGAUAUCAUUCCGGCCCUAGCAGUUAGCGGUGUUUUGGUCUAUAUCGGUUCAUUUUCGAUUGGAAUGGGUGCAAUCCCAUGGGUUAUAAUGUCUGAGAUAUUCCCGAUAAAUUUAAAAGGAACUGCUGGAGGACUUGUCACUGUUGUAAAUUGGCUUAGUUCAUGGUUUGUCUCCUUAACGUUCAACUUUCUUAUGAUCUGGAGCCCUCAUGGUGCAUUUUAUGUCUAUGGUGGGGUAUGUGUACUGGCCAUUAUCUUCAUAGCAAAACUUGUUCCUGAAACCAAAGGCAAAACCUUGGAAGAGAUUCAAGCAAUGAUGAUGUAAUUUUCUUCUAUUUGUAUAAGUUAUAUCUACAUGCAAAUGCAUUUUACUUAAUGUUCUGUUGGUUCAAGAUAUCGCAG